AUAUAGCUUUUCCGGUGUCGCUACAAAACUGUUCGUGUUACUAGCUACACUGUUCUGAUGAUUUUGCACUGGGCAGUAGAAAUAUAAGAACGAAUUCCCCUUUUCGUAGGCUGCAGACAUUGUUUGUCAUAUGUUACAAAACGUUUAGAAUGUUAGUACAGCGUUCGUUAUGUUUGAGUAUUGGCUCUUGGGCGGUGUAUAGGCCUAUCGUUGUAGAAAAGUGACUUGUUCUUUCCUAGGCAAUAGCCUGCCUGCAUGCAUUUAGGUACUUGUUUGACAUGUUGUUAGUGUUAUUUUCAAAGAGUUUAACGUUUGAUUUUCAAAGCGUUUCAUUGUGCUGUAACAUGCAGUAAAUUCAAAGUAAGCUACUGUGUCUCUUGUGUAUUUCGGCAACAAGAGCGCCAGAUGGGCGUAGGGAUUUGUGCUAGUAAUGGGUCGUUGAACGGAUCUUUUUGGUGAACGUCGGGAACUGAAUCGCAUCGGUGAAAGAGCCGUUCAUUUGGUGCCCUGAUUUUGCACACUGCUUUUUGAGCUCAAAAGAUUUUCUACGGAUAAGUUACAAAAUAAUGAGGAUGAAUCCUCACUGCAUAAACAAUAAAUGUGGGGAGAGCAAGUAAAUCUGGUCCACGCUCUUUUUUGCAGUGCGUUAAGAAAAACGUAAUAUUCCAUAUUUGGCCAGUUAAAAAUGUAUUUGAAUGCGCAUUUCACGAGCUGACAUAAUGGCAGACUUUUGGGCUUCACAUUGGGGAUUAUUUUUUUAUUUUAUUGUUCUAGGUCGUUUUUUUAAGCAUUGUGGAAAAAAAGAGCCGUUUGGGAGCCAAAUGAGCCGGCUCGCCGAAAAGACUCGGAAUGCCCAUCACUAAUCUGUGCCAAGUGAACACGCCCCUGUUCUAAAGCAGUGGCUUUGCCCAGCAGGAAUCCGCCUAACCACGACCUAUUUUUGCCCAGAUGUUGCAAACAGGCUUUUUUAAUGUUAUGUAGCCUACUACUGUGCGUGACUGACUGACUGCCUACCUCUGGUAUCUCUUAAACAUUGCUCUCUUUCUCCCUCCCUUGAAACCACUAUUGAGCCCUCUGUCCCACUCUGUCUGUCUCUUUGUUUUUGUGUCCCCUUGUCCCUCUCUCCUUUGAACUCUCUCUGUCUAUUCCCCUCUCCCUCAUGUCUCUCUCUCUCUCUCUCUCUCCCUCUCUUUCUGUAUAUCCCAUAUUCCUUCGUCUAUCUGUGUCUCUCUGUCUUUCUGUAUAUCCCCUAUAUACCUUCGUCUGUCUGUUUCUCUCACCCCCCUCUCCCUUCAUCCCUCGCCCAGUCCCACAGGUUCUCAUGUGGAGUGGUGUAAGCAGCUGAUAGCAGCCACCAUCUCCAUCCAGAUGUCAUCCAUACCCCCAGACACUGCAUCCAGAGACUUCAAGGUUGGGAGAAGGACAGAUCUCCCAAGGGUAAGGUUAACCAUAGCAGCAGCAGUGUUGCUUGUGUGUGUGUGCUUACACGCUCUAUGUACCCAGUGUAGAGUGAUUUAGGUAGUCUUCCUAUGCUGAGUCUUUUCUAUAGCAACUGACUCAUUCAUGCAAUGUCAUUCUUUUUGCAAAGGCCACAGUCAACCUUUUGUCUGUCUCUCUCUUUGCACUGUUCAGAAAGCAUUAUUUUAGUCUGUUUCUGAAUUGAGGUUAUAGCUUUUGUAUUCAGUGUGUCAAUGCUUCUCUUGCUGUCUGUUGCAGCUUUGCCUUCCGGGGAUACACCACUGUUCAGGGGUCUGCUAGGCCUAUCCUUUAGCUCUGUGUGUUUUGUGUAUGUGAGUGUUAACCCGGAGAGUGUGGUUGUGUGUGUAGUAACUCGGUGUGUGCGGUUGUCUGUAACCCACAGGUGUCCAAGAGGCCUGUUCUCAGGGUAAGAUUUGAUGACUGGUGGCAUCUACCCAACAGCCUUUUUAAUAUUUGUAGGUUAUCUUAGUACAACCUGUCAAGGAGUGUGUUUCUUUGUGAUUACCUACAUAUCGUUUAUUUGUGAUGUUCUACUUCUAUUUUUAUGGUUGUCAGCUAGUUCUUUGUGCAGUAGUUUGUAGGAGCUGUCAUGCUGUUUGUACCUGUAGCUAUUACUUUCAAGGAUAAAGAUACUGCGGGUCUACAGCCUUCAAGGUCAAGGCCAGCGUUUCCCAAACCAGAGGUCGCGACCCCGUGUGGGCUCGCCUGAUUUGAAAAUAGGGUUGCGAGAGAAAGUCCGAAAUAUGUUUUUCAUUGUGCUUCAUUCAUGGAACACUGGUUUCGUCAGUAGCCUCCGGUAGCCACUAGAUAUGGUUGUAAUAAACCGAGCCGUUUCUGUUUACUUACUACAAAUGUGGCUCUAUCUUUUCUAAAUCAAACUGGGGGGAAAAUAACAGAAUCAAUAACCAGGUUUCCAUCCAACCUUUUUAUUAGAGUAAGGGAAAUGCCGGAUAAAAAAAUGUCACGACAGGCCUGAUGGAAACAGCAAAUUUGCCGCUUAACUUUCCAAAUGUCAACAAAAUCUUUUUGUGUCGGUAAAAUGUAUUAUGUGUGGAAUCGCCUUUAUGCGCAAAUAUUGAUAUAAUAACCAUCAUAUCGAAGUGAACUUGGAGUCACAAGAUAAUGUGUUGUGGUCCUCCCACUACGACUCGUGAAAACGUGCAGUUUAUUAAGGCUGCAGAUGAAAUAAGUUACUUCACAGGGUGCUGAAAGUGCACAGCAAUGAGGUUGAUGCUCCUUUCCAAUAACUAUAGAGGGUUUUAUUCUAGUGACAUGAUGAUAGAUGCUUGACUGCCGUUUGACAAAUAAAAAGAAUCUCGCUCUUUUGUCCAUAAUAAUCUCAUCGUGAAGUAGGCUAUACCUGCACUGUAUCUGUGAGCUGUUGGCUAGAGUGCACGUGCCAAUAUCAGAGAGGACACACUCGCUAUAUAACGCAACAAUUUGUGUGACAAAAUCAUCAUUGGAAUUUCGUGGGCUCCCGAGUGGCGCAGCAGUCUUAAGGCACUGCAUCUCAAUGCUAGAGGCGUCACUACAGGCCCUGGUUUGAUUCCAGGCUGUAUCACAACCGGCCGUGAUUGGGAGUCCCAUAGGGCGGCGCACAAUUGUCCCAGCGUCGACCGGGUUUAGCCGGUGUAGGCCGUCAUUGUAAAUAAGAAUUUGUUCUUAACUGACUUGCCUAGUUAAACAAGUCAAUUUGAUGUAAGCACCUCUGGUGGGGAAAUGUACAUAUUGUUUUAUGCAGAUUUUAGAAUGUUCUCAUUAAAAUCUGUUGCCAAUUGGAUGGUAACCAGGCUAAUAAUGAUGUUCUUUUAUACACAGAAAAUCCUACAAACUCAUUAACUGAUGGUCUUCUCAACUUCUCUAUACCAUUUCUGAUGCAUUUGUCAUUUCAAACCAUACUUCCUACAUAUUGAAAUACUGUCAAAAAUACUGUCAGACUGAUUUACAAUAUACUAAACAUUAGCCGUUGAUUACAUCACUUUUCUUUUCCAUAGUGAGGUCGCAGCUUUGCUCCCUUCUUCACUUCCGGUUAGAACUCUACUGACUCUAACUAUUCUAAUUUCUCCACAGUGCUUCACCCACUUAAUGCUCACGUCCGGUCUCUGUGACCUUCUAGGCCUCAAAGACCCUUUUAUCAACCUCUCUGCCCCUUCUGCAUUCUCUCUUUCUCUCACGUUCUCUCUCUCAUUUUCUCUUUCCUCAUUUUCUCUCUUGUUCUCUCACCAUAACUUGCAACUGUAAGAGAAUUAACUCUUCCCUUCGUUCUCUCUUUCUCUCCGCUUCCACGCUUGCCUUGCCUCCCAUCUUGGUCCAGGACUUUAUGGAAAGGGGGCAUUGUUACCAAGGCGAUAGGGACUCUGAGCUUCCCCCCCACGCUUUGGCUCUCAGAGACGGAACCAUGCAGGUCCAGAUGGAUGAGGUUCCACUGGUUCCGGGAGAGACCAUCAAGGCUGUGGCCAAGGAUGUGAUGUACAUCUGUCCCUUCACUGGCUUGGUGACAGGAACCCUCACCAGCACCGACUAUAAACUAUACUUUAUCAGCCUGGAGAGGGAUACUCCGUUCAUCCUGGAUGUGAACCUGGGAGCGAUCAGUCGUCUCGAGACCAUCAGUGUCCAGAGUCAUGGAGAGAACACACAGGGCAUGGAGAUAGUCUGUAAGGACAUGCGUAGUCCCAGGUUUGCCUAUAAGAAGGAGGACGCCAGCCAACCAGAGAUAGUGGAGGUUCUAACAAAACACACCUUCCCCCUAUCAAAUGGCCUGCCCUUGUUUGCCUUCCUGUAUAAGGAGAAGUUUCUUGUGGACGGAUGGAAGGUGUACGAUCCCAUAUCUGAGUACAAGAGACAGGGUCUUCCCAACGAGAGUUGGACCAUCAGUAAGAUGAACAGUAGUUAUGAGGUGUGUGACACCUACCCUGCCCUGCUGGUCAUCCCCACAAGCAUCAAGGACGACGACCUCAAACGAGUUGUGGCCUUCAGGGCCAGGCACCGCAUACCGGUAUUGUCAUGGAUCCACCCGGAGAGCCAGGCCACUAUAGUCCGUAGCAGUCAGCCUUUAGUGGGACCCUCUGACCGGCGCUGCAAGGAGGACGAAAGAUACCUCCAGACCAUCAUGGAUGCUAACGCACAGUCUCACAAACUCACCAUAUUUGACGCCCGACAGAGCAGCGUGGCAGACAACAACAAGGCUAAGGAUGGUGGUUAUGAGAGUGAGAGUUUCUAUCACAACGUAGAACUCAACUUCCUGGAGAUCCCCAACAUCCACGUGAUGAGGGAGUCACUGAGGAAACUGAAGGAAGUGGUCUACCCUAGUACCGAUGAGGCUCACUGGCACUCUGCAGUCGACCAGACACACUGGCUAGAGUACAUGCGGGUCCUCCUUGUGGGUGCAGUGCGUAUAGCUGACAAGCUGGAGUCUGGUAAAACCUCUGUGGUGGUCCACUGUAGUGAUGGGUGGGACCGGACAGCCCAGCUCACCUCUCUGGCCAUGCUGAUGCUGGACAGCCACUACCGCACCCUCAGGGGUUUCCAGGUGCUGCUGGAGAAGGAGUGGAUCAGCUUCGGACACAAGUUCGCCGCGCGUGUGGGCCAUGGGGAUGAGAACCAUGCCAACUCGGAGAGAUCACCUCUCUUCAUCCAAUUUAUAGACUGUGUCUGGCAGAUGACCCGACAGUUCCCUGCAGCAUUUGAGUUCAAUGAGUUGUUCCUAAUCACCAUUCUGGACCACCUCUACAGCUGUCUCUUUGGUACGUUCCUCUACAACAGCGAACAGGAGAGAGUCGCCAAUAAAGUCCAGACUAAGACAGUCUCUUUAUGGUCCUACAUCAACAGUCAACCAGAGGACUUCACCAACCCGUUCUAUGUGGACUAUGAGCACCACGUCCUGUACCCUCUGGCUAGUGUUAGACACCUGGAGCUGUGGACCGGGUAUUACGUGCGAUGGAACCCCCGUAUGAGGCCGCAGAUGCCAGUGCACCAGAACCUGAAGGAGUUGUUGUUCCUGAAAGCUGAGUUACAGAGGAAGGUUGAAGAGCUACAGAGAGAAGCAUCUUCAUCACACGGCUCUCUUUCCUCUUCAUCAGAACGCACAUCAUCACCGUCACACAGCGGGGGCACGCCCCUACACACCACCGUCUGAAUACACACACACACAACACCGUCUGAUACACACACAUACCCCUACCAACACGUUUUCUUUGUGUUCCCCUAGUUUUUCACAUCAAGUGUUUUUAUCAUAGAGAAAAUAAGUACACACUUGUAACAAAGUCUUGUUCUUGGUUGUGUUCAAAUAAGAGAAAAGAUAUAUGGUAAUGUAAUUGUUGAAAGAAAUAUUACAGUAUUGAGAGAAAUGCACCAUAGUAUUUUUGUCGAACGUUGAAAGUGUAAAUAUAAAUAGAUGUAACUAAUAUAUUUCUACCGACCAAAAGUAGUAUACUCUUUACGCAUACUCUAUUACAAUUUCUAAUUGAUUUCAUAUUUCUAAACUAUCAACAGCACUUAACUGCCACAUUCCAGUAAGCAUGUAUUAAUAAGCAUGUUAUAUCAACUCAAUGGCAGCCUAUUCCCUAUAGGGCCCGUUCAAAAGUAGUGCACUAUGUAGGGAAUAGGGUGCCAUUUGGAGUGUAGUCUGAAUAAGAUCUCUCUCUCUCUGUACUAACUUAACCUGAUCCAGCUGUGCCAUAACUAUUACUCUAUAAUAUAAUGUGCCCCCUCUUCCUGUCCGUCCGUUUAAUGUGCCCUGACUGGAGGUUUACCUUUGUGUAUGUUGUGUUCCUAUCAACACGUUCCAUUGAAAGUCUCUGUGCACUUGUUUUUUUACUCUGCAUUUUUAGGUAAUUUUUUUUCUAUUCAAUGUGCGUUUAAUUUCUAUGCAAUGGUGAUAUCCAUAUGAUCUGUAUUAUAUCUUGUACUCUUGUUAUCUGUGGUAUUCCUUUGUGACUUUUCUUUCAUUGUGCUGAUGCCAAAUCCUCAUUUUAUGUUACCAAUUGCACCAAGAUGCUCUCCUUGCCCUCUGCCGACGUUAAUCAAUGGUAAUGUGGUCUGAGCUCGUAUCCCCAUUGUGGCUUUGAAGACACACUGCAGCAAUACUGCUAUCAUAUGAUACCCAUAUCCUUUUCCUUGAGGAUUAGAUCAAUAUCAUUUAAGCCUAACUAACCUUAAUGUCUUUGACAUGUGUGGUUUCUACUGUAUUAUGGUGGUUAUAACUGUUUCCUGUGUCGUGAUGGUUAUAACACUGUUUCCUGUGUCAAGCUUAUGUUCUCAUUACUGUGCUGUUCCGUGGUAAAUGUCAUAUGUAUUUGUUUAUUUUCCAAUUAUUAUAACCUAUUGUGUUUCUCUUAAUUAUUUUUUGGGUUGACAUGGUCAAAUAACUUAUGAAUCGAUUUGUAACAUAUUUUCUAUUUUGGCACACAGAACCUAGAGGCCAUGAGUAACUUGGUGUGUAAAAAAAAAAAUAAAAAAUGGCACGAAUUGGCCUAUAGGUGGUGCUGUUAUAAACAGUCUCACUUACGCCCUCAUAUCCGUCGCCCCGUUUGACCUAGAGACUUGAAACAUUGUAUGUAGGUGAACAAAUUUGCUUCAAGGACCCAUAAGGUCAGGAUAGAUUUUCCUCCAUCUUGAAAAUGUACAAAUAACACCAAAUUCGGUAUGUAGGCCCAUCUCUUAACUUAGCUUGAGCAACGCUAAAGUACAUUGUGUCAAACUCAUUCCACGGAGGGCUGAGUGUCGGCAGGUUUCGCUCCACCCUUGUACUUGAUUGAUGAAUUAAGGUCACUAAUUAUGGGGCGGCAGGUAGCCUAGUGGUUAGAGCGUUGGGCCUGUAAUUGAAAGGUUGCUGGAUCGAAUCACGAGCUCACAAGGUAAAAAUCUGUCGUUCUACCGGUGAGCAAGGCAGUUAACCCACUGUUCCCCGGGCGCCAAAGACGUGGGUGUCGAUUAAGGCAACCGCACCGCACCUCUCUGAUUCAGAGGGCUUGGGUUAAAUGCGGAAGACACAUUUCAGUUGAAUUCAUUGUUGGACAACAGACUAGGUAUCCCCUUUUUCUCCUUCCCACCGGAACCCGGUGGUCUUAAUUGAAAGGAAAAACCUGCAGACACUCGGCCCUCUGUGGAAUGAGUUUGUUACCCCUGAGCUAAAUGAUUGGUUGAGAGAUGGCCGAGUUAUUGAUAAAUCAGGACAUUUGAUUUGACGUGUAUUUAUAUCCUUUGUAAAUCCACUCCACAAUGGCCUGGAAUCAACUGGAAAUGUUUUAGGGCAUUGAAAUUAAAAAAGGAAACUUAACAAUUUACUUUUAUGACUAUAUAAUGGUAAUGCUUAAAAUAGUCAUAAAUAUUCUCAUGGACUAAAAGUCAGAAACUCAAUUUGGUAUUUGGACUUACAAUAGUCCCUAAGGAGUUUGAGAAAUAGUAUUAGCACAUAUGGUAAUAUGCAAAAAAAAAAAAACGUAAAAUGUUCUCCUGAACAAUAUGACCAAAUUGAAUGUAGGCUCAUAGUUUGAGAAAAGCUAAGGAAUUGGUCAAUAGAUGGCAGAGUUAUUGACAAAUCAAAAAUCUGUGUGUACAUUUAAAUCACUUCACAGUGGCCUAUCAACUUGAAACUUGUCGCUAUUUUGGUAUUAAUAUUUUUUUAAACAAGGAAACUAUUAACAUAAUUUAUUGAAUAUUCGAAACAUACAAUAUACUUGCAGUGAAGCCGCUCAACAACUAUAUCAUACCGGUCAUCCAACAGAUUCCCAUUCAGAGCAACACACAGAAGCAUCCAGGGUCAAUGCCCUGCUCAAGGGCACGUUGACCGAUCUACCACCAGGCCAAAAAACGUGAACCCGAACCCUCCAUUAGCUGUCCCUCAACCAUUUGAGACCCCUCCCACAGUCCCCCCCAGGAAGAAAAAUGUACAAUUAAAAAUACAAUUCCAUUCCCCACCCCCGAGAACUUUUUAAUGUUUUAUUUUGACUUUUUUAUCUUUGACCAUUAACUUUUAUCUUUGACCAUCAUUCUAUCUCCCACACAGCAUCCACUCCCACUUGUCUCCAAUUCCACAUACUAACCCUGAGCUUCCCUCAGCCCAUCCCAUCUGUCUCUGCUGGCCACCCACUUCGGGUUUCUACGCGACACAUAUCUUUCAACUAUGCUGUGAUGUUUAACGUACAAUUUCAAUCUAUCUGAUCGAAUAGAAUCCACAGACUGUGAGUUGAAGAUAAAUACUUUUACUACGAGUAUUAGUAAUUGACUGACCCUGCUUACAAUUGUAUGUGAUCACAUGUUAUGCGUUGGAAUACUUUGGAACAGAUUUCCAUAAUUAAAAUCACUUGGAGCUGAUUUGGUGUUUUUUUUUUAUGUCCAACAAUAAAAAUGAAAUAAAACAUUUUGCUCUGAAAACUUGGGCGACCAAAUAAAAUCACCUGUGGGUCAAAUUCAGCCUGCGGGCAACCAGAUGGGGAACCCUGUCCUACACGAUGGAGUGAUUGCUUUGUUAUCCAACUGAUCUUGUGUCUUUCCUUUCAUCCUGUGAACCCCGUUCAUUGCUGCUCACAGAUUUUUUAGCAUUCUGUGUUUUACCAUGUGUUUUUUUUUCAGUCAUCUAACAUGUCAAGCAUUCGGUAUUAUGCUUUGGUGCUUCUGUGAAUACUCUAAAUAAAUCCCAACCCCCUCGGAAA